AUGCCGUUAUAUAUUGAAAGUCAGAACGCGAGUCAGACGGGAUCGGACAUGGUAAGGGAUUUUAGUUUGAUGUAAUUGGUCAGCACCGUUUCGACCAAAUUGAAUUGAGAGAGUUUGCAUGCGAGUUUUCUCAACUCUCAUGUCCCUGUCUGACAAGAAGAAGAGUUGCAUGAAAGUUGAUGAGUGUUGACUGGAUAUUACCGAUCAAACGAGCAAAAACCUCCCUUGGGUCCAGGGAACGCAAGGCUUUAAUUUAAAAGCAUUUCUUUUUUCAUUCCAGGACUUCGUGAAGUCGACGAAUGUUUCCUACCAAGCUCAUCAUGUAUCGAGAUAUAAGCGCGGUGAAGUACUGGGUACGAAGGCUGGGUUCCGUGGCUGUACUGUAUGGCUGACUGGUAAGAUGUUUGAAGAAUUUAAUUUCGAUUCGAUUGGAAUUGAUAGAGCUAUCCAGUAAAAAUAAGUUUAAUUUAGUUUAGAUUUUCUCGUGUAGUAACACUGGAUCAAUAAGAGAUGAUCCUUACUGGACCCCUAGGAAGAACAGUUUGGAACUGAUAGAGAUAUCUGGUAUAAAUAAAGUUAGUUUAGUUUAGGUUUCCUCCUGUAGUAACACUGAAUCAAUAAGAGAUGAUCCUUACUGGACCUCUAGGAAGAACAGUUUAGAACUGAUAGAGCUAUCCAGUAUAAAUAAGUUUAGUUUAGGUUUUCUUCUGUAGUAACACUGGAUCAAUAAGAGAUGAUCCUUACUGGACCUCUAGGAACAACAGUUUAGAACUGAUAGACCUAUCCAGUAUAUCAAUAAAGUUAGUUUAGUUUAGGUUUCCUCCUGUAUUAACACUGGUUCAAUAAGAGAUGACCUUUACUAGAAAAGAACAGUUUUAAAUAAAGUUUGUUUAGCAAGCAAAACUGCUCAUUCAUACGGCCGUGUUUUACUUAAUAAACUGACGGCUCGCAGUUAAACUUUGUGGCUUGAUUCUACCGCGAUAGUAACGCAUACUUACUAAUUCAUGUAAAAACAAAGAUAAAAUCUUUUUUGAGCAAUAUCGUGCUUUAAUAAAAAAAAAGUUGUCGCGCACACAAGCAAAUAAAUCAAUCAAAAUUUAAGAUAGACAAGCAAUCAAAUUGUGAAGGAAACGUUAUAUUUGUCCCAAGACGGGAUUAAGGAGACCUUUUGUAUUGAAUGGCUCUAUCAGUUUUAAUGUUUUGUCUCCACUGACCUCAAUAGACAAUUCUCAUUAUAGACUAAUUUUAAAACUAGGCAAGGAGAUGCAAUAACUCACCACAGCUAUAAAGAGCAUAGUAAAAUUACAAAGUCUGGUUGCGAAAUGUUGUAAAAUGCGGAAAAUAUAGCCUUGCAAAGUUUGCAAAUUUUGUAUACUUUUGUAUUGCGUGCGGAAAUUGUUACCAUUUUCAGCCCAGCAAUUUUCGCACGCAAUACAAAAGUAUACAAAAUUUGCAAAUUUUCCAAGGCUAUAUUUUCCGAAUUUUACAACAUUUCGCAACCAAACUUUGUAAUUUCACUAAUUUUAGUAUGAUCUUUCUAGCUGUGAUGAUUUAUUUGCAUCUCCUUGCCUAGUUUUAAAAUUAGUCUAUAAUGGCAAUUGUCUAUUCCAUCUUUUUUGUCCAAUUAAAACCUGUGGUGGAAGCUGGAAGCACUCUUCUGGCUUCAAAUCCCAGACAAAAAUCUAUCGAUUCUUACUUAAAUUUUCCUUCCCAAAUUCCCCAGGUUUAUCAGGAGCGGGCAAGACAUCAAUCUCUAUGGGUCUGGAAGACUACUUGUGUCGCCACGGCAUACCUACAUACACACUGGACGGCGAUAACAUGAGAACUGGUCUCAACAAGAAUUUGGGUUUCUCCCCUGAAGAUCGAGAUGAGAAUAUUAGGAGAGUAGGAGAGGUGGCUAAGCUGUUUGCUGACUCGGGAAUGAUCUGCUUGACUGCAUUUAUCAGUCCUUAUAAACGGGUGAGUGCGCGCUUGUUGAUAUGUCAAUCGGUUGCUUGAUUAGUCGGUUGAUCAUUUGGUUUGUUUGGUCUGUCAGAUUGAAACGCAAGAACUCCCUUUACAAAUGCCAGAACUCCCUUUUCAAAUGCCAGAACUCCCUUUUGAAAUGCCAGAACUCCCUUUUCAAAUGGCAGAACUCCCUUUUCAAAUGCCUGAACUCCCUUUUCAAACGCAAAAACUCCCUUUGCAAAUGCCAGAACUCCGUUUUCAAACGCAAGAACUCCCUUUACAAAUGCCAGAAAUCCCUUUUCAAGUGCCAGAAUUCCUUUUUCAAAUGGCAGAACUCCCUUUUCAGAUGCCUGAACUCCCUUUUCAAACGCAAAACUCCCUUUGCAAAUGCAAGAACUCCCUUUUCAAAUGCCAGAACUCCCUUUUCAAAUGCCAGAACUCCGUUUUCAAACGCAAGAACUCCCUUUACAAAUGCCAGAACUCCCUUUACAAAUGCCAGAACUCCCUUUUCAAAUGCCAGAACUCCCUUUACAAAUGCCAGAACUCCCUUUUCAAAUGCAAGAACUCCCUUUUCAAAUGCCAGAACUCCCUUUUCAAAUGACUCCGUUUUCAAACGCAAGAACUCCCUUUACAAAUGCCAGAACUCCCUUUUCAAAUGCCAGAAAUCCCUUUUCAAAUGGCAGAACUUGGUUUUCAAACGCCAGAAUUCCGUUUUCGAUCAUUCAGUCUGUCUAUUUUAUCGGUUGCUCAGUCCAAGGGUUGUUCCGUCAGUGAGCCAGUCAAUAAUGGAAGCAGGGCAGCAGUUGGUGCUGAACCUCACAAAUGUUGACACUUAUUGCAACAAAAAAACUAAAUGUUUUAAAUGUUAAUUUUAUUAAUUUAAAUAUACCACCAUUUACAAGGCUACUACAUAUAAUUUCUCACUCUGAUAAUUGCAGGUUGACCACGAUAGUGUUUAUUGAAACCUUGGCUAUUCACUAUAAACCUUGGCUUUUAAAUGUAUCUUUAUUUCAGCUUCGUAAGCGCGCUCGCGAAGUUCAUCAGGAAGCCAACCUCCCGUUCUUUGAAUUGUUCGUCGACACUCCCCUGUCAAUCUGCGAGGAACGUGACGUCAAAGGAUUGUACAAGAAAGCACGUGCUGGACAAAUCAAAGGUGAGACGAUUCGGCCACUGAACUCACUAGUUAACUGUGGAAAUAUCUUCAGUUUAGAACUGAUAGAGCUAUCCAGUAUAUAAAUAAAGUCAGUUUAGUUUAGGUUUCCUCCUGUAGUAACACUGGAUCAAUAAUAGAUGAUUCUUACUGCACCUCUAGGAAGAACAGUUUAGAACUGAUAGAGCUAUCCGGUAUAAAUAAAGUUAGUGUAGUUUAGGUUUCCUCCUGUAAUAACACUGGAUCAAUAAGAGAUGAUCCUUACUGGACCUCUAGGGCGAACAGUUUAGAACUGAUAGAGCUAUCCAGUAUAAAUGAAGUUAGUUUUGUUUAGGGGUUUCCUCCUGUAGUAACACUGGAUCAAUAAGAGAUGAUCCUUACUGGACCUCUAGGGCGAACAGUUUAGAACUGAUAGAGCUAUCCAGUAUAAAUAAAGUUAGUUUAGUUUAGCUUUCCUCCUGUAGUAACACUGGAUCAAUAAGAGAUGAGAGUUUAGAACUGAUAGAGCUAUCUAGUAUAAAUAUAGUUUUAAAUAUUUUUGAAAUCUUUUUUCAGGCUUUACCGGUAUUGAUGCGCCGUUCGAGCCACCCGAACAACCCGAUCUUGUUCUAAAAGCUGGAGAGACUUCAGUGAAUGAGUGCGUACAAGAAAUCGUGGAUCUUCUUACUGAAAAUGUAAGGAUUACGGAUAUUGAUUUUAAUCUCGGUUGCUUAGGGUAAGGUUUUCCUGUUGACCCAAAGCCAGGAGGUUAUUUAAUUCGCUGUUGUUAUUUAAUUCAUCCGAGCCAGAGGCUCAUAAUGGCUCAUGAUGCAGUAUAUGCAUGAUAUUUACUAUAGUUUAGUUAAUUAUUGUCCUUAAUUCUUUUCUAUAAUUUCUACACGGCCUUAUGAAAAGCAAACAUUUUAAUUAUUUGAAACUUUAUCAGAAUACAGUGAAAACACUAUACUUUUAAUAGAUGUAGGUUGAGAAGCUACCGUUUAUAAAGAAUUUUAAAUGAUAAUAAUAAUAAUAAUAAUUACCACAACUCUACUUACAUGAGAUUUCAAACGCAGGGAAGUUCUCCACUUACGUACUAUGAAAUACCUUAUUCUCGACGUACAGCAGCAGGCUUAGCUCAGCGGUAAAGGACAACGCGAUAGGUUAACUUCAAGGUUUAACUUUGUUUGAUAUGAAUUUUGUUAUUUUUAGGGGAUAUUACCCAGUACUGUUGUCCAGGCAGUACAAGAGUUGUUUAUUCCUCAAAAUGAGGUCGAAAUGAAGCUCAAGGAAGCGGCAACUUUGCCUACGGUGAAACUAACGAAGGUAAGAUAUCUAAUCUAUCUUCAUCUGUCUGUACCAGUGUAGUUAUAUAUAGACUUGCUCCAAGUCUCUCUUUCAUUGUCUUAUCGAUCCACUAUAGUGUACAUUACAUGACGUAGCACGGAGAGGCGGAGCGAGAAAGAGAGACUUGUCAACUUCGGAAAAUCUCGGUUCAAAACUGAACCGAAAAUGCUAGACUUGCUUUAAUUGUUUUCCUUCAAUUUCUUUCCGUAUUACAGCCAUUUUCGUCCAAGCACAAACCGCAAACAUUUUCGCGCGUUUGUUUACGUUUGAAACGGGGCGUUUACCGUUGGAAACUGAAAUGUUUCACCGCUCAUGUGACGUGUCACAUUGAAAAGCCUUAAGCUAUUUUUGGCGCAACUAUCAUGUUUUGAUGUGCCUCCGUGCACGUUUCAAUAUUUCCAAGCCCAUGAUAAUACGUUUUAGUCACAAAAAGUAUGAAUAUAAACAAGUUUGGUCGCUCUUACAAUAUCGUGAGCUUGGAAAUACUGAAAAGUACACGAAAGCACAUCAAAACAUGAAAAAUAACUGAAUUAGGCUUUUCACAAUAACACGUCACAUGAGCAGUGAAACAUGUCCGUUUCCAACGGUAAACGCCACGUUUCAAACGUAAACAAACGCGCGAAAAUGUUUGCGGUUUGUGCUUGGACGAAAAUUGCUGUAUUUACUGUAAUGGAACUCAUGUUAUAGUUCGUUGCAAACUUGCCAAUUACGUUUCCAAGUUCGGAAAUUGGGCGCGAACGUCGCAACAAAGUUCACAAGUACAUUUUCAAUGUUUGAAGUAUUUGUAAACAAAUGUUCAUAGUUCAAGUUGAAAUUAACAAUGCGAUGGAAAGUUCUUGGUCAAGUGGGCUACCAAAAAGGUUUGUAUUCCAUUGUGAUUGAAUUGGUUAUGAUUAUUGAGCAUGAACAUUUGUUUACAAACGAAGUUCAAAUAUUGAAAUGAACUUGCGAACUUUGUCGCGAAGUUCGCGCCCAAUUUCUGAACUUGGAAACGUAAUUGGCAAGUUCGCAACGAACUUGGGAACCGCGCAUUGAAAAGUGACUUGAAAUCUGGGCGCUUAUAUAAUCUUAUCUUGUAUUAUAUUAUAUAAUCUUAUCUUAUAUUAACCUUAUAUUAUAUAAGUGCCCUGCUUGAAAUCGACAAUAAUCUGAAGCUUUCUUACGAAAAGACUUACAGUAGCCGAGAUACGAAGCUCUGCAAACUUUAAAACGUCUGUAGUGAGCAACGAUUUUAGGUUGAGACGCCAUCACCGUGCAUAAAUCUUUUGGAAUUUGACUUAUUCAUACACGAUUUAAAUUAAUUUGUAUUUUUUAGCUUGAUCUUCAAUGGGUUCAAGUACUUUCAGAAGGCUGGGCCACUCCUUUAUCUGGUUUUAUGAAGGAGAAUGAAUACUUACAGUGUCUGCAUUUUGGCGUUUUAGUUCAAGGUAAACUGAACUAAUUUUAUGAAUUGGAUAGCUCUAUCAAUUCUAAACUGUUCUUCCUAGAGGUCCAGUAAGGAUCAUCUUUUAUUAAUCCAGUGUUACUACAGGAGGAAACCUAAACUAAACUAACUUUAUUUAUACUGGAUAGCUCUAUCAGUUCUAAACUGUUCUUCCUAGAGGUCCAGUAAGCGUCAUCUCUUAUUGAUCCAGUGUUACUACAGGAGGAAACCUAAGCUAAACUAACUUUAUUUAUACUGGAUAGCUCUAUCAGUUCUAAACUGUUCUCCCUAGAGGUCCAGUAAGGAUCAUCUCUCAUUGAUCCAGUGUUACUACAGGAGGAAACCUAAACGAAACUAACUUUAUUUAUACUGGAUAGCUCUAUCAGUUCUAAACUGUUCUCCCUAGAGGUCCAGUAAGGAUCAUCUCUUAUUGAUCCAGUGUUACUACAGGAGGAAACCUAAACUAAACUAACUUUUUUUUAUACUGGAUAGCUCUAUCAGUUCUAAACUGUUCUCCCUAGAGGUCCAGUAAGAAUCAUCUCUUAUUGAUCCAGUGUUACUACAGGAGGAAACCUAAACUAAACUAACUUUAUUUAUACUGGAUAGCUCUAUCAGUUCUGAACUGUUCUUCCUAGAGGUCCAGUAAGAAUCAUCUCUUAUUGAUCCAGUGUUACUACAGGAGGAAACCUAAACUAUAAACUAACUUUAUUUAUACUGGAUAGUUCUAUCAGUUCUAAACUGUUCUUCCUGAAGGUCCAGUAAGAAUCAUCUCUUAUUGAUCCAGUGUUACUACAGGAGGAAACCUAAACUAAACUAACUUUAUUUAUACUGCAUAGCUCUAUCAGUUCUAAACUGUUCUUCCUAGAGGUCCAGUAAGGAUCAUUUCUUAUUGAUCCAGUGUUUCUACAGGAGGAAACCUAAACUAAACUAACUUUAUUUAUACUGCAUAGCUCUAUCAGUUCUAAACUGUUCUUCCUAGAGGUCCAGUAAGAGUCAUCUUUUAUUGAUCCAGUGUUACUACAGGAGGAAACCUAAACUAAACUAACUUUAUUUAUACUGGAUAGCUCUAUCAGUUCUAAACUGUUCUUCCUAGAGGUCCAGUAAGGGUCAUCUCGUAUUGAUCCAGUGUUACUACAGGAAGAAACCUAAACUAAACUAACUUUAUUUAUACUGGAUAGCUCUAUCAGUUCUAAACUGUUCUUCUUAGAGGUGCAGUAAGCGUCAUCUCUUAUUGAUCCAGUGUUACUACAGGAAGAAACCUAAACUAAACUAACUUUAUUUAUACUGGAUAGCUCUAUCAGUUCUAAACUGUUCUUCUUAGAGGUCCAGUAAGGGUCUUUACACAGCUUUCAUAUUUGACCAACGAUUUUUAGAGGGGGUAUCCAACCAGACGAUACCUAUAGUAUUACCAAUAACCACUGAGGAUAAGGAGAAACUUGAGGGAUCUUCAGCACUUAACCUCACAUACAACGGCAAAUCCAUUGCUAUCCUACGAGAUCCUGAGUUUUACACACAUCGCAAAGACGAAAGAGCGUGCCGACAGUGGGGCGUGUAUACGAAAGAACAUCCUUAUAUCAAG